AUGAAUUUAUUAUAUCAUCCCGACAUCAAAGAAUGUGGUGUAUGUCCUUCAGAUGGGUACACCGCAGUUGGAGAAACGUGUUACAAAUGCCCAAGUAAUUGUUCUGUGUGUUCAGAAAGAACAUGUGAAGAGUGUAUGCCUGGAUACACACGGUUAGAUAGUGGUUGUGAAUUGUGUUCGAAUGUAUACACCGGAUGCUUAGAAUGUGUCAACAACAACUGUUUAGCAUGUGCUGAAAAGAAUUAUUAUGAUUCGACAACACGAGAAUGUGUAUCGUGUUCUUUAUUCUCAGAACAAUGUGAUGAGUGUGAUGAAGAUAGUUGUACCAAAUGCCAAGAUGGAUAUGGAGUUAAUGAAAGAGGUUGUAUGCACUGUAAAAGCAAUUGUGUUCAAUGUGAUAAUGGUGAGUGUCAAAUAUGCAAUGGGACAUACACUCCAUAUGAAAAUUCGUGUUAUAAUUGCUCCAAAUUUGAAUUGUGUGAACAGUGUAACAGCACAAACUGUAUAAAGUGUGUUAAUGGCGAAAGUCCAGUUGACUCAAAGUGUUAUAAUUGCUCAGGAUAUACAAACUGUGCCAAUUGUGAUGCAACAAAGUGCAUUUCUUGUCAACAGAAUUGUUAUUUAGAAAACGCUAAUUGCAAAUUGUGUUCGACUAAAUACGAAGGAUGUUCACUUUGUGACUUAAAUACAUGUAAAGAGUGUGCAGAAGGAUAUUUCAUGACUGAAACUGGCAUAUGUAGUAAAUGUGUAACUAAUUGUGCAAAAUGUUCUAACACAACACAUUGUGAGACUUGUGAAGAAGGGUUUAUGGUUAUUGGAAACGCAUGUGGAACGUGUGAAUCUUAUGGUGAAUGUUCUCAAUGUAAUUCCGAGCAAUGUGUAAUAUGUAAAAGUGGAUAUUUCAAUAACAAUGGAUAUUGCUACAGAUGUGUCGAAAACUGUUUAGACUGUAUUAAUAACAACACGUGCACUAAAUGUUCUGCAGAUUUGAAGUUUAAAGAAGACGAGAAGAAUUGCACCGAGUGCCCCACAACCACAAAUUACUUUGUUGAUGAGAAGAACACAUGUAAAAAGUGCAAAUCUGAGUGUACAAAAUGCACAACACUUGAUAAAUGCAGUGAGUGCAUUACUGGGUACUUCGUUGACUCAACAAGUCACUGCGUUGAUUGUGUGACUAAAGGCUGUUUAACUUGUGAUGCGAUAAAAUGUCUAAGUUGCGCAUUAGGAGAAGUUGUUGACUCACUUGGAAAGUGCUCAAUUUGUUCCGUUGCAACAAAUAGUGCCAAUUGUGUUAAAUGUCACAACGAAGGAAGUUCGGUAGUAUGUGAUGCAUGCAAAGAUGGAUUUUUCAUGGAUGAUACAAAGACGAAAUGUAUUACAUGUGACCGAUGUGGAGAUUUGGGGUGUCAAAUAGCAACACAAAAAUGCUACAAUUGUGAGAACUCAACUGACAUUUUAAUUGAUGGAAUUUGCAAAGAAAUGGGCACUUGUAAGACUCGAGGAGAUAAUGGGAAAUGCUCUGAGUGUAUAGACAAUUACAUAUUAGUGGGUAGCAAAUGUGUUCAAAUAACAACAGAAACAUCAAAUGUUGUUAUGUACAAUGGAAAGACGAUAUUAGCAAGCGAUGUGAAUUGUUCUGCAAUUGAUUCGACCAAGAAAACGUGUACUUUAUGUGACGAGGACUAUUAUAUAAACAAUGGAAUGUGUAUGCAAUGUACAGACAUCUACGAUAGUUGUAUAUCCUGUGGGUAUAUGAAAAUAGAGAACUACAAACAGGUGAUAUGUAGUACAUGUACUGUAGGCUAUUACCCUGACAUUUACUGCAAGCAAUGUACUGACAUGAAUGGAUGCAAAAUGUGUGUUAACUAUUUGAACGAAAAUGAGACAUCAACAAAGAAUUGCACUGAAUCCGUGAGUGGACGAUGCACUCUGUGUGAAAAAAUUAUUU